CAGCCAGUUGGCAUCCAUGCUGCGGCUGCUGCUACAUAAGCGACUCCUUCCUGCUCGUGCCGCCAGUUCUCUCCAGACAUGAGCAGAGGAGUGCUGGCGGUUCUGUUUUGCGCCGUGGCGCUCACCGCAGCCGGCAGGGGCAGGACAAAGGGGGCGUCGACGUUAGCGUCGGAAUUUCCCGAGGUGCAGACGCCGCUGGGGCGCCUGAGGGGAAGCGUGCUGCAGUCCCUGGAUGGGCGAACGAUAUACUCCUUCCGAGGAGUGCGUUACGCGCAGCCUCCGACUGGGGAUCUACGAUUCAAGCCUCCAGUGCCACUGAACCCAUGGGAUGGUGUAACAGAUGCCACAAAGGAUGGAGCAAGAUGUCCUGAGAGAGAGAACACCAAUGAAACCUCUGAAGACUGUUUGUUUCUCAACCUAUACACUACAAAGUUGCCAGACAGUACUGGAAACCCAAAGAGACCAGUAAUGAUCUUCCUGCAUCCUGGUGCCUUCUAUCUAUUUAGAGGAACAAGUGACCUUUUUGGUCCUCAGUACCUUUUGGAUGAGGAUAUAGUUCUUGUGACUCUCAACUACAGGCUUGGGGCUUUAGGUUUCUUAAGCACUGGAGAUUCAGUUCUUCCUGGGAACAAUGGAUUUAAGGAUCAGGUGAUGGCUCUCAAAUGGGUACAGCAGAAUAUUGCUUCGUUUGGAGGUGACCCAGACAAUGUGACAGUCAGUGGUUACAGUGCAGGGUCCGCCAGUGUAUAUCUGCACAUGCUGUCUCCAAUGUCUAGAGGCUUGUUUCAUAAAGGAAUUGCAAUGAGUGCAGCUGUUCAAUCAAUUGUUAUAAAGGACCCGUUGCAACAAGCCAAGAAGCAAGCAAGAAUGCUAAACUGCCCUGACACAUCAUCAGAGCAGAUUGUUAAUUGUCUGAAAGGAAAGGAUGCCAUAGAGAUUGCAGAAACACUACCACAGUUUUUUGAAUGGGGUUGGGAUCCUAUGGUUGUAUUUGGUGUCAUUGUUGAAAAAGAUUUUGGAGAUGGGGCUGACAGAUUCAUAACUGUAGAUCCCACUGAACAACUACUCUCUGGAGAUUUUGCUCAAGUUCCAUUGAUAACAGGAACCACCAAAGACGAAUUCUCCUGGAUAGCUUUGGAGAUUCUCUACAAUGGUCUGGCAGAAAAUAUGACAGAAAAUUAUGAGACAGUAUUCCCAAUUUCAUUUAUUUAUGAGCGAGAUACACCACACUCGCUAGAAGUCAGCAGAGAGCUGAGGAAGUUUUAUCUUCAAGACAAACCAAUAACAAAUGACUCUGCAACUGGGCUUGGACAAGCAUACUCUGACUCACUUGUCAUAUUCCCAGUCGAUCGCGCUGCCAAGAUAGUUGCUCAGAAGAGUUCAGCACCUGUGUAUUAUUACCACUUCAUGUAUGCAGGGAGAUACAGCUGGGUGUAUACACCAGGAACAGAAACACCAUAUGGUGUUUCACAUCAUGAUGAUCUCAUUUAUUUGUUCUACAUCUCAGCAAUGUUCCCAGAAUUUGUUAAAACUGAUCCUGAAUACACAACAGUUAAAAGAAUGACAAAAAUGUGGGCAAACUUCAUCAAACAUGGGAAUCCCACAUCAGAGAAAACUGACCUUGUUAAUGUCGAUUGGAAAACACUCGAUCUUUCAAAUCCAGCAUACCUGGAGAUUGGCUCGGACCUGACGAUGAAGCAGGGCUUGUACUACCAGGAACGCAUGCAACUUUGGGACCGGCUGUUCCCUCUGCCCACCAGCACAUCUGGAGCCAGGAGGAAGUCCAAACGUGUCCAGAAACAUCAAAGCCAACGCAGACACAGUCUUUAAUUUAGACAUGUUAUUACUGCAGUAAUGAAGGACAUUGCAACUGUAUUAAAACAGAAUUCACACUCUUUGUAUGACUUAAUCUAGCACUGCACCACUGUACAAGUUGAUACAAGAAUUAAAUAUAUUAGAUUAUUUUUA